AUGGCAUCUUUCCUCCUCACGAGCGUAACCGUCCUGCUCCUUUCCACCACCCCAGGGGGCCGGGGUUCCUCGUAUCACAAAAUUUCCCCCCAACUAUCAAAAUCUCUCACAAAACAGGAAUACACUGCCAACGUUUUCGUCACCUUUUCUCAAGGCACGGAAUCCGUUCUGGCGACAAUUUCCGCAAAAUCGUUUCCCUCACGGUCCGCCAGACUCGACCAGGUUCACGAUUCGCUAGUGUCGCACGCAGCCUCCACCCAGGACGACACGAUUCAGCUUCUCGCCCAAGAAGGGCAUCCCUACAAAUCAAUCUGGAUCACAAACCAACUCUACGUUCCGGACGCGACGAUGGAUCUCGUCAUUAAGCUGGCUUCCAGUCCGGAUGUCGCGUACGUAUCGCAAGAAGAGGUAAUCCCGCUGCACCAACCCGUGUAUAGGGGUCCGGUACGGAAACGGGGUAAAGUGAGACCUUCUGGAGAGUGGGGCAUUAUGAAAAUUAAGGCGAACGAGGCGCGUAGUCUUUUGAAAAGUUUGGGGCAAAAUGUAUCCAUUGUAGUUUCAUCGAUCGACACUGGCGUCCGGGGUACGCAUGAGGCGCUCAGUUCAAACUGGCGGGAUGAUGGGUACGGGUGGUAUGAUCCGUACGAUAAGAGCGCCCUCCCAAGAGAUAAGGAUGGUCAUGGGACUCAUACAAUGGGGACGAUUUGUGGCAGUGGGGGAAUCGGGGUUUACCCAGAGGCGAAGUGGAUGGCUUGUCGCGGUUGCAAGGGAGGCUGUACGCAGUUCGCGCUACUCUCCUGCGCACAGUGGAUUGCAUGUCCGACGAUGGCCAACGGGACGAAGAGGGAUUGUUCAAAGGCGCCCCAUGUGGUUUCGAACAGUUGGGGUGGGGGUGGGGGAAGAAAUUGGUUUGAUCGAGCAAUUGGGGUGUGGCAUGCGGCGAAAAUUAUACCCCUUUUCUCCAACGGAAAUGAAGGCACAGCCUGCAAUACUACCGGAUCUCCGGCCGACAGCAAAAAUAACGUCAUCUCGGUAGGAUCGACUACGGUAGAUGACGCGUUAUCCUUCUUUUCCUCCGUUGGGCCUACUUUUGACGGGCGGAUGAAGCCAGACGUUUCCGCGCCAGGGUCAAACGUCUUAUCGGCCUCGCACAAAGGAGACAGCGAAUAUCAACCAAUGUCUGGAACCAGUAUGGCAUGCCCACACACGGCUGGCGUCGCUGCGAUACUUCUCGCUGGAAGCAAGCAGGAGAUGGAAUAUGACAGAGUGUUACAACUGUUGGCGGAUGGAGCGGACACGAAAAGUUUACUGUCGGGGGGACGUGGCUGUGUGGGAGUGACGGAUAAAGUGUUUCCGAACCAUCAGUUUGGCCAUGGCAGGGUCAAUGCGUUUAAUUCUCUGACGAAACUGAUCAAAGAGAGUGAAUGAAUAUAUUUGUAUCGUUUUAGCGUAAUUAUUUAGCAUGACGGUUAGGUUUAUAAUAAUAACCCACGACAGUAAUAGGUUUCCCAUGAUGUAAAGAAGUUAAAAAUUGAUUAAAAAUUGAGAAAACUUUUGAAUUGUAAAAAUGCAGUAAAUAAAUAUGAAAGAUAUCUAUGUAUCUUAAGGAGUCGUGUCACAUGUGUAACUUCAGUGAAUAAAUUCACAAAAUGUAAGAAAA